GGCCCCCACGUAAGUGUAGUAAUCCUCUCUAUCUACCUUUCUCUCUCUCUCCCACGAAUAAAACUGGGUUGCAACAAAUUUUUUUGCUUCUUUUCCUACUUGUAAAGAACCUUCCUGUGAGGUCAGCAGCAGUAUAUAACAAUAACACGACCCCUUUUUGAAUUCUCCAUUCCAUGGCUUGUCUUUCUUUAGGGUUUGGAUUUGGAGUGUUCUGGUCAAAUAUGAAGGCACCGACGGUUUUAAUUUUUGUGUACUGAGAGUCUGCUUUUGUUUUUCUUAUUAGAGCCUCGGCAAUCUGGAAUUGAAGGUAGGUCAGCCAUAACUCCAUGGACUUGAUACGACAAGUUAAAGGCACUUAUUCUGAUAGCAGGGAGGAAGAGGAGGAAGAGGAAGUGACAGAGAUUAUUGGUAUCACAAGAGAAGCAGAAAGCAGCAGGUUACACCACCAAGAUGCCGCAUCCAAUUUUGGAAAGAAGCUAGACCUGAUGGAGUUGUCACUGGGGAGCAGCAAGGAAGAGGAAGGGGAGGGCAAUUUGCAAGGCGGAGGAGGAGGAGGAGGAGGAGGACCGCUUCAUCAUCAUCAUCAGCACCAUCAUCACCAACAGCAUGAACAUCAUCAUCAUCAUGACGGUCACGGAACUUGUUCAAACGCCAAGGAAGUAGUGGAGAAAGAGCACAUGUUUGACAAAGUGGUGACACCGAGCGAUGUGGGGAAGCUGAACAGGCUGGUGAUACCGAAGCAGCACGCGGAGAAGUACUUCCCCCUUGAUUCGUCGUCCAACGAGAAGGGUCUGCUCCUGAAUUUCGAGGACCGAAAUGGGAAGGUGUGGCGGUUCAGAUAUUCGUAUUGGAACAGCAGCCAGAGCUAUGUGAUGACAAAAGGGUGGAGCCGUUUCGUGAAGGAGAAGAAGCUGGAUGCAGGUGACAUUGUUUCCUUCCAGCGUGGCCUUGGAGAUAUGUAUAGACAUAGGUUGUACAUAGAUUGGAGGAGAAGGACCGAUCAUGGCCAUCCUCCCUCUGAUCCCUCCGCCUCCCCUUUGUUUCUUCCCUCUAUCAGAUGGUACUCCCUUCCCGCCACCUCGCCCAUCGUUCCACCCCGCUACCACCACGAUCAUCACUUUCACCAUCUCAAUUACAACAACCUCUUCACUUUCCAGCACCAACACCAGUACCUUGGUCAUGCUCAUGGUGCUGCCACUUCCGCCGCCGCCGCCGCCCAUCAUCACAACAACUACGGCGAGCAUAAUUCGGGAUCUGGGACUGGCUCACUCUAUUACCUCAGGUCCUCCAUGCCAAUGGGUGGUGGUGCUGAUCAAAACUUGGCAGGCAGAGGGAAUAGCAUUGUGCCCAUGAUCAUCGAUUCGGUGCCGGUGAACGUGGGUCAUCGUAACCAUCGGCAUGGGCACGGUGGCAUGUCGAGUGGCGGAGGUAGUUCAACCACAAGCAGUGGAAAACGACUGAGGCUAUUUGGGGUGAACAUGGAGUGUGCCUCUUCGGGGGAAGAUUCGAAAGGCUUGUCUUUGGGUUCGGCAGCGCAUGUGACAGUGGGAAAUUCACUUCCUUCUUCUUCGUCACUCCAGCAACGGUUGAGGAUGCCCCAUGAAGACCCCCUUUCUUCUUCAGCAAGGUUCGGUGAUCACAAAGGCGGAAGCGGGACUUCUCUGCUGUUUGAUUUGGAUCCCUCAUUGCAGUAUCAUCAGUAGUCAUCAAAAUAAAUUCAACAUAUCCAUCGACCCACCAAUAAUGAAUGGAGAAGAUGCAGUUUCGGAGUUAGUUGGGCUAGCUACCCUCUCUUUUGCAGCAUUUUUUUUUCUUUACUUAAUUUUCUUUCUUCUCUAUAUCUUUCUCUCGCCAGCUAGCUACAAAGGAAAGAGCUCCCAAACUUUCUUUAUAUUCUUCUUCUCCUUCUACUUCUCCUACUCCUACUCCUAAUCAGUAAGCAGUAAUAUAUUAGCACGUAUAAGUUAGCGUUUGAACUUCUUGGUACGUCUUGAACUGCACACGAAGCGUUAAUUAGCUGGGAUUCCGGUCUCGAAGGAACUGAAAAAAUCGUUUCAAGACCAAGAGACGGAAUAUGAGAUCUCCAUUAGCUAGAACUUCAAUUGUGUAUAAUGCAACACAUAUAUUAAUAUAUUAUAUUUAUAA